UCCAGCAAGUCAAAAGAACCCAUCGCAAGCGGCUUCUAGUUUCCACUAGUCAACGUGGCCGACACUCUACCUGUUUCCCUAUCCCACAAAAAUGCGGCACAAGGGAACAGGGAUCUUAUGCAGAAAUUCCUGGCCCACAUUGGAGAAAAAACCCCAACCGCGGAGCUGAUGUCGUUGUUCUCCGAGAAAUAUGUGGUGGUGUCCUUGCUUGCGCGGUAUUCAACGAAAUUCUUAGAUGAUGGGUCACCGGACGCAGAGAAAUCGCUUAUAUCAUCCCUGAAAGAGCCUCCUCUGGGAUUCUCCAGAGCUCUGGGAGCUUUCCGUCAGAGGUGUAGUGGUGAAGUGAAGUGCAGUGAGGACAUUGUCGCCAAAGUCAUAACUGGGAAUAAGCGAUUGCACAGAAUACACGAGCAUGCAGUACUUAAAAAUGAAACGUGCGCUUGGUAUUCGCGCGCCCAGACCCCAUGGCCUGAUCGCCCUAGCUUAUCACGCGAAGCGAAAGUGUCCGUACAACGCCAGCUGAACGAUAUCUUCUCCCGGCUGAGAGCCAUCCGAAAAGAGGGAGACAAUGCACUCGGUGGUGUCUGCGGAGAAGGUGGCCAAGGAGAUGCGUGUCGACGAAUGCGCCCUGUUCAAGGAUAUCACAACGACGAAGCAGUACAGCUGGUGAUGUUAGGACUGAUAAUAUCAUGGUGAAGCAGGAUCCUGAUUCCGAUAGGGAUUAUAUUGUUCCUGGGAUCGUUGACUGGGAGGAUAGCGGGUUUUAUCCCCCGUAUUAUGAAUGCACGGCGUUGACGAGGACUUUUGAGUGUGGUAGUAGACGAGAA